AUGGAUUCCCCUCCACCCUCCCAGUUGCCGAGGGUGCGGCGGAAGGAGUUUGGCGAGCACCCCCCCGUGCUGGGCAUGGAUCCCCGCCGCCUCUUCCUGGCCUUCCUCCUCCAGGCCUCGGUGCUGAGCAUAGUAGUGUAUCAAAUGUAUGCCGGUGGAGCCCUAGCGGUGGCCAGGGACUACGCCUGGGUAAUGAGUCCUUGGACCCAGCCGUGUGGCCUGCUGGAGCACAAGGAGUUCAUCCUGGUCAGCGACAAUGUGGUCCGUACCUUUGGAAGCGGGCCCGGGUAUGUGCACGUGCGCGGGAGCAGGAUUGUGACGGUGGCCACCGCCGGCCCCGAUGUGGACCGGGUGGCCUUCGCGCGGCACUACGCAGCCGCCAACCCGCGCGCCGCGCUGCUGGACUACGGCGGCGCGGUCAUCGGACCCGGCCUCAUCGACGUGCACGUGCACUUGAACGAGCCAGGGCGGGAAGAGUGGGAGGGCAUCCCCACUGGCACCGCCGCCGCCGCGGCAGGGGGCCUGACCACGCUGCUGGACAUGCCGCUAAACAGCGAGCCGUGCACAAACACCGUGGCCGACCUGCGUGCCAAGCGUGCCGCGAUCCGCGCCGGCGCGCGCGUCGACGUCGGUGCCUGGGGCGGCGUCUCCUUCCUCUCCCCCUCGGGCAUGGCCGCCUUCCCCAACGUGUCCCUGGCCGACGUGGCCGCCGCCAUCCCCGUGCUCAAGCGCCUGGGCGCGCCCUACCUCCUCCACGCCGAGCUGGUGGACGGCGACGUCCCGCCCGGCGCCGAGCCCCGCUCCUACGCGGAGUUCCUGGCCAGGCGCCCAGCGCGCUACGAGCGCGCCGCAGUGCACGCCGUCCUCGACAUCCUGCGCAAGGACACCACGCCCGCCCGCCCUGGAUUCGUGGUGCACUUUGUGCACCUGGUCUCCUCCAGCCUGCUCCCCGCGCUGGCGGCGGCCAAGGCCGAGGGCCUUCCGGUCAGCGUGGAGACCUGCCCCCACUACCUCCUCUUUUCCGCCGACGACGUGGCCGACGGCGACACGCGCUUCUCCUGCAUGCCGCCCAUCAGGAGCGCGGCCAACCGAGAGGCGCUGUGGCGCGGCCUGGCCGACGGCACCAUCGACCUGCUGGCCAGCGACCACUCCCCAGCGCCCCCAGCGCUCAAGCACCUGGACAGCGGUAACUUCCGCGGCGCCUGGGGCGGCAUCGCCGGUCUGCAGUACGGCCUGCCCGCCAGCUGGCACGGCGCGGCGCAGCACGGCGUGGGGCUCCCAGCCUUCUUCCGCGCCUGGGCCGCCGCGCCGGCGCGCCUCGCAGCCCUGAGCGCGCGCAAGGGCGCGCUCAGGCCGGGCUUCGACGCCGACCUCGUGGUCUUCGAUCCCAGCGCACCCGCCGACACGGGUGCGGGCGGGCGCCAGCACCGGCACAAGGUCACGCCCUACCACGACCUGCAGCUGCGGGGCAGGGUGCUGGCCACGUUUGUCAGGGGGCAGCAGGUGUUUGACUCCGAAAAGGGGGUCGCACAGCAGGCCUGUGGGCGAUACGUGUAG